UUGUAAAUAAAAAAAAAUAGAUUUCUGUAUUUGUAAUUUCUAAAUAACAAAAGGAUUUAAACGGUCAUAAUUCUAGAAUAGUAGUAAAAAAAUUUUUUUACGCUUCCGUCAAACGGAAAAUUGCAUUAUUGAAACGUCAACAACACGAAUAGAGAACGUCUAAAAUAAAUAAUAAUAAAUCCAACAUUACUGCAACGGGUCGAACACUGUGAGGGCAGAAAGUUGUUUUGCGUAAUUUUCUGUUGGCGCAAUCUAUAAAAUGUCGAGCUUUCGUAAACGGCAUGUGCAAAAACCAAUACCAGGCACACGGACUAGUCCACAAACAGGACAGAUAAUAACUUCCAGUGGAAAUCCUUCGUUUGAUGUUAUUUUUGGAGGUGGCUUGCCUGUUGGCUCAAUAUGUCUAAUUGAGGAAGAUAAGUACGUAACAUUUUCAAAGGUUUUAGCGAAAUACUUUAUUGCGGAAGGAGUAGUUUCAGGACAGUCGGUUUUAUUAGGAAGUUUGGAUGAUGAUCCACAGGAAUUAAUGAGCAAAUUGCCAAAACCACUCAAUGAUGAUGAAGUGGAAAUUGAAAAAUCUACCGAGCAAGAAAACGGCGAGGCCUCUCAAAACGGCUUACGAAUUGCAUGGCGCUACAAUGAUCUUCCACCAGUAAAUUCGGAACAAAUACCUAGUAAAAUAGGGCACCAUUUUAAUUUGAUGGAACAUAUGGAUAAAAAUUUGCUAGACUUUGUCGACACUCUAUUGUGGAAUGGAAAUUCAUAUGUUAAUUCAGAUGAAGUAGACGAUGAUUAUGAUUGUGGGUUAGGUGAUGAGGAUAAUGUAUUUUCCGCGGUUGAAUCAAAUGCAGAGUCCAAAGACGAUACUGAUCAAAAUACGACGAGUAGCAGUAGUGGAAGCAACAUCAGUUGCAAAGAAGUUGAUUUAGAACAGGAAAGAAUUAAUGCUGCAGCAGCUCUACUAUCCGGUAAUUCCAAUGAAACUCCCCGGAUUCAAAAUGCAACUAAAUUGCAAGUCGAUGCUGUGCAGGCUCCUACUAUUUUAGGCCAAAAACAAAAUAAUAAUUGUGAAAAAAUCUUCAAUAAUUCGAAAUAUCAACGUUUUCUUAAAUUAGUUCAAUCAUUUGCCAAGGAGGAAAAAUUUUCAUCGAGUACAUUGGUUUAUCGUAGCCUUUGUCGUAUCUGCAUUACAUCACUGGGAUCGCCACUUUGGUAUGAUGAAGAAUUUCCGAAAAACAUUUUAAAAUUUCUAACAGUGUUAAGAGGCAUAGUAAGGAACUCAGUGUCGGUUUGUUUUAUCACUAUGCCUAUGCAUUUGAUAUCUAAAUAUGAUGAAUCGCUUGUUCCCAAAAUACGGAAUUUGGUAGACUACGCCAUCGAAUUAGAAUCAUUUAGCGGAUCUGAACAUGAAACCAACAUCGCUUUCAAAGAAUACAGCGGUCUAAUACAUUUACACAAAAUUACAGCUGUUAAUACACUCACUGCCUAUAUGCCAGAAACUUCCGAUUUAGCAUUUAAGUUACGUCGAAAGAAGUUCGUCAUUGAAAAGCUUCAUUUGCCACCAGAAAUGCAAGAAGAUAUCAAAGAAAAUAUGCAAACAUUUAGUUGCAGCGGUGGAUCUUCAGCCAGUGCUACGUCAAUGGAUUUUUAAGUUCACUAUUUUUUGCUAUGCAAAAACAAUUUCGUUUAACAAAAGGAAAAAAGUAUAUUGGUUCUUUGUUGCAGCAUAACAAUGAAAAAUGCAAAAUUUCAAAAUGUGCAGAUAUAAAUAAUUUUUUUUUUUGUCUGCAGUUAUAUCAAAUAAAGCCAACAGUGUGUUUUUUCAACAAACAAA